AUGCCCUUGGUAUUACUUGGUCAGUUUCUAACUGAAUUAAUCGUUAUCCAUGCGAAAGUAUCAUCAAUCAUCGUAUUCGGAGACUCAUCUGUAGAUGCUGGUAACAAUAACUACGUUCCUACUGUUCUCAAGAGCAAUUUUCAGCCAUAUGGUCGUGAUUUCAAUGGCAGCCUCCCCACGGGUCGCUUUUGUAAUGGUCGAAUUGCUACAGAUUUUAUAUCAGAGGCUUUGGGAAUCAGGUCUAUUAUACCUGCUUACUUGGAUCCCCGCUAUGACAUAGUAGAUUUUGCAAAAGGAGUUAGCUUUGCUUCAGCUGGAACAGGUUAUGAUAAUCUUACCUCUGCUGUGUUUUCUGUAAUACCAUUGUGGAAGGAGCUUGAUUAUUUAAAAGAAUACCAUAACAGAAUGCGAGGUUAUCUUGGAGCCUUGAAAGCUAACAAAAUACUGGGUGAAGCACUUUACGUGAUAAGUCUUGGAACGAAUGAUUUUUUAGAGAACUAUUACACACUUCCAGUUAGACCGGCAACUUAUACCAUAAACGAAUACCAGGAUUUUCUUCAAGGGAUAGCCAAAAACUUCGUCACAAAUCUAUACCAGUUAGGAGCUCGUAAAAUAUCUGUAGUGGGGCUUCCACCAAUGGGUUGUUUGCCGUUAGAAAGAACUCAAAAUCACUUUCCAGAGAGUAACUGCACACGCGAAUACAAUGUAGUGGCAAAAGAUUUCAAUGAGAAGUUGCGACAAUUGGUCAGGAAGUUGAACGACGAGUUGGGUGGCAUACAAUUGGUCUAUACAGACAUAUAUAAAAUCCUCUCGGAUGUCAUCAAGAAUCCGCACUCUUUUGGGUUUGAGGUUGGACAUGUACCAUGUUGUGGGGGUGGAAGAUACGAGAUGAGUUACGUAUGUAACGAGUUUAGUUCAUUCACAUGUGAAGAUGCAAAGAAGUAUGUAUUUUGGGAUUCAUUUCACCCAUCUGAGAAGACGAAUUUAAUAGUUGCAGACCACAUAAUCAAAACAUCCCUGACAAGAUUUCUGUAA